CUCGGCGCCCGCCUGAUCGCUGCGAGGCACUGAGCCGGGCAGCUACGCGGGGGCCUUCCGCGGCGCGGGCGGCCUGCGGGCGUUGCGAGUGCGUCUGAAAGCAGGCCGUGAGCGGGCCUCGGGCCCAUGGCCCUGCCGGCCGUCCACAAGUGCCUCCAGCUCAGUGAUGAAAAUGAACAAUUAGCCAAGAAGUUGAAAAAGCUCCACAUAAAAAAUAAGGAGUUAGAAAAGACUUUGGGGCACGUCCAAGAAAAGGUGCAUCUGCAGCAGUUCAUGCAUGACUAUGUCACAAGCAGAGAUGUUCAAGUUCAAACAGAACCCCCUUUGUGGCAUAAGGGUGGAUACAGCAAGGAUCUUGUUCUAGAGGGUGAUGGUGUCAGACUACUUGAGAUGUAUAAUGAGCUCCAGAAACGUUACAUGAAAGAAAUCAAAACAAACCAGGAGCAAAGAGAAGCGAUUAAAAGUCUCACUAUUAAAAUUAAGGAGCUAGAGCAUAACCUGCAAGAGCAAAGACAAAGAAUUGAGCAACUGGAACGUAAAAAGAUUACUUGGAAAAGUAGUGCUGCUUCUGGGAAAAGAGGCCGAGCUCCAGAGGGAGGAGAAACCUCUUACAGGGACAUUGCUAUCAAGAAGGAACCCUGUUGCAGUGAAUAUUUAGAGCUGUUGUUGAAGGAGAUUAAAAAGCUGAAGAAGGAAAAUGAAAAGCUGUCUACAGAAAGGAGAGCACUGAAGAAGGAAUUGGCUGGAUUAGACAAGGAUUUUUUUGAAGAGAUAGAAGACUUAAAGCAUGCUGUGCAGGAAUCUCUGAAACUGAACUAUCAGUAUGAAAAGUGCCUGAAACAAAUCACUGCAAUGUAUGGGCUGCCUUUUACAGCACAUCUCUAGCUGCUGAGUAAUUCAAUGGCAAGUAGGUUUUCCACAUCUUUUAAUACUUAGUGCAACACUUAAACCUACCCUGGCUUAUGUGGAGCCACAUGUUGGUAGUAUUAUGGAUGCAAAAAUCUGCUCUCAGUAUGACAAGCUGCUCUGAUGUGGUUUUGUACUUUGUGCCUUUUGAGGUUUGCUUCUGUGGUUUUAAAAUAAACUGUGGCCUGUGCAACUUUGA